UAUCUGGUCCUUGGGUUUUAACUGUAAAUACCCCUACACUACUGUACUUCUAAGAUUUAAGGGGAUUAUGAUGAGUUUACUUUUUAUGUUUGAGGACAGUGCUGUUCACUUGAAUCACUACACUGAAUGAGUACAUUUUAUUUUUUAACAAUUUCACUGUUCCACGUUUGGCUGAUCUUUUUUUCUUUUUUUCCUACAGCAUAGCUACUGUAUAUUCCUAACGUUAACAAUGUGGUUUUGUUCACAUUUUCUUGCAGAUACCUUGACCGGAGCAUAACUGGUUAACUUCACACAAGAGACCUACUGUUGGACAAUCGUUUUGGCUUUAAAGGUAAAUGCAUUGUUAGUUACAAUGUCUAGUUACUGGGUCAAAAGGAGACAAAUAUUGAAAGGAGUUGAGAGGGACAAACAGGAAAUUGCAGCUGCAAACGAUGCUCUACUUGCUGUUAUUCCUGACUUUGACCAAGUAAAUCCUCCUGUUAAUGAACAUCAACCUGGAAUGGCUCCAACAAGCCAUGGACAAACUGUAGAGGAGGAUCAGCCAUUUGCAGUGGUUCUGCAAGUGUGGCUCAGUAAGGGCAUGUGCUAUUGGCCCCCAUUUAACCUCCGCAAAAAAGACAAAGGCAACAAUUUAGCCAUCCGCUGCACGCCUCCACACAGCACCUGGGAGAAACAUAAUUUUAAGUUUAUGAAGGGAGCAGAAUCUUGGCAAGAGGCGAUGAGAUAUUUGGUGUGCUUCCAAACAGGUUCUAGCGUUGAAACGAUGGAGGUUGACAAGAAGAGAAAGAGAAUCUCAAAUUCCAAGUACAGACCCCAGGCCUCUUCUGAUGAAGAGGAGUCUAGUCUUCCAGAUGCACCAGCAGUGCUGUCGUUUGGACAACCUCUUUUGAGCUUUGAAAACAUUGUUCCUUGUAACAUGGUUUCAGCGCUGCCCAAUGCUCCAGAAGUUGCAUUGAUUCCAGAAAACCAGGAAAAUGUUGUGCCAUCUGUAGGCUUCAGAGGUCAACCAGGUUUCUCCCCAGAAAUCCAGACUCCACUUCACAGAGCCAAGAGUUUGAGUACAAGACACUUGACUGGUUACUCGCCACAGCAGUUUCUGGAUGAAAGGUGUCGAGCUCGUCAAGUACUAAGCUUUACACCCCCAGCAGCAAAUUUACCCUGGCAGCAUAUGGGUGAAAACGCUGGAGGAGAAAGUCAUCGUUCUGUAAUUGGCCCUUGGACUCCCCUGGCAUCUUGUGUACAGCAUGAAGUUUUCAGCUAUGAAGAUUUCCAGAGACUCCAGAAUGAAAAACAAGGCGUGAUGGAUGAGAACCAAGCUCUGAGGGAGGAGAACCAAGCUCUGAGGGAAAGCACUGCACGAGCAGCUUCGGAUGACAGCGGCUCACUUCAAGAGCAGGUGAAGCAAGUUGGGACAAUGUUGAAGACGUUUGCUCGCACUGGGCAAUCAGGUGCAGAUCAGACCUUAAUGCUGUGACAUCUUGAAGAGUUUGGCGAUGUUGUGCGUAGCAUGGACAACAAAAUGGACACUAUGCUGCAACAUUUCAGUGCCAAUGUGUCUGUUGGAGAGUUAUCCUUGCCAUGGGACCUUUUACUCCCCCUAGACACCCAGGAAGAUUUGGCGUUGCUUGACAACAGUUUGAGGCAGGAUAAAGAGCUCCAGGAAUGAUUUUUUCGGUUUUUGGCAAUCAAAUGUGGGAGGGACCUAAGGACAACCGUCUAGCGGAUGCUUCAAAGUAUCUUCUCUAAUCACCUUUCCAUCAAUACAACCUGGACUGGAGUUGGGGAUAAAGCAUGUUUUAGAGACAUGUUCCUGAAGACCAUUGUUCAAAGAGCUAUCCGGAAGAACCCGGCAACCCAGGAUGCCACUGAUGAAGCCGUCCAGGUUAACGUUACGCGUUACCUGAAAGGAGCAUCUGACCGUGAAGGCGGAAAAAGGCGCCGCAAAGCUGAGAGGGACCCACAGCCGAACCCUUAAACCUAGGCUGACUACUGACACCCCAGCAUCACUGACAACUGGAACCCUUUCUUUAUCCUGCAGUCAGUAACAUCAAGACCCUAAAGAAGCCAGAAGUUUCAGACUGCACUCACCCAAUCCACACUGUUCACUGUGGAUAUUAUCAUAGUGCUUAACUCUUAUUAUAUUGUUAAAUAUAGCUUGUAAAUCCUUGUGCCACAGGUCAGCUUUGCAGUUAUAUCUGUUAUAUCUGUCCAUUAUAAUGGUCUAUUCUACUCCAGAGCUUUAUUCUAAAUUAUUACCACUUAUCUUAUUGUUAGAAAUGGCUUGUAAAUGUGAUGUUAUACCUGAAUUUUUUUUGGUGUCUUGCACAUUCUUUGUGUGUAUAUAUAUUUUUUUUCUCUUUUUUUCUGUUAUUUAUAUUUCAGUGAUCUGACAUCAUGUUUCAAUGACAGUUACUGUACUUUGAAAUGUGGAAUUAAAACGUCAAAUGGAAA